AGUUGCACAAGCCUGGGUGCUGGGUGCUGCCUGCACAGGCAGCCUGGCAGCCUUGGGAAACUAAAUUAUGCUUAUGGAGCUUUCAGACCUCUUUAUUCUUCAAUAAGAAAACAGAAGCAGGUCAGAUCCUGCACUGGCGCUGGCUCCAAGCUAUGCCCUGAGAGAUGCUGGCCCCAUGCUGCACUGGCAGAACUGGGGAUGCUGGGACACACCCCAGCACAUCCCGCUCUGAAAGGGGCACGGUGCCUUCCCUGCCUGCAGAAGGAGCAGGAUUGUGCUGACUCUGUAGCAGGAAAGUUGCUUGGGACAGGAUCUGCUGGCUCUGCUGUCUGCCUUCCCUGGGCAAAGGUUAGCUGGCGUCGCCUCCUCUCGGGGCCCUGGGAUUCACAGCCCAGUGUGGGGACUGCAGGGACAGCCCCGAACCCCUUCCCACAGUGGGACGCCCCCAUCCCUUCCCCUGAGCUCUGGGCUGACGCGUCCAUCAUCUCCUGCUAUUGGCUGAAGUUCUUGAUCUCGCUGACUGAAGGCACAAUGGCUCAGCCUAAGGGCACAGUGGUGCUCGCCUACAGUGGGGGCCUUGACACCUCCUGCAUCCUGGUGUGGCUGAAGGAGCAAGGCUAUGAUGUUGUCGCCUACCUGGCUAACAUUGGGCAGAAGGAAGACUUUGAGGCAGCACGAAAGAAAGCACUGGCGCUGGGUGCCAAGAAGGUUUACAUCGAGGACAUCAGCAAAGAGUUUGUGGAGGAGUUCAUCUGGCCGGCAGUGCAGGCCAACGCGCUCUAUGAAGACCGAUACCUGCUGGGCACCGCGCUGGCACGGCCCUGCAUCGCCCGCAAGCUGGUGGAGAUCACCCAGAGGGAGGGAGCCCAAUACGUUGCCCACGGGGCCACGGGCAAGGGCAACGACCAGGUUCGGUUCGAGCUCACCUGCUACGCCCUGUGUCCUAACAUCAAGGUCAUCGCACCAUGGAGGUUGCCCGAGUUUUACCAGCGCUUCCCUGGGCGCCGUGAGCUGAUGGACUAUGCCAAGAAAAAUGGGAUCCCCGUGCCGGUGACACCCCAGACACCCUGGAGCAUGGAUGAGAACCUCAUGCACAUCAGCUACGAAGCUGGGAUCCUGGAGAACCCCAAGAAUCAGGCCCCACCUGGGCUCUACACAAAGACCUGUGAUCCGGCCACUUCUCCCAACACCCCGGAUGUGCUGGAGAUCGAGUUUGAGCGGGGUGUCCCCGUGAAGGUCACCAACACCGGCGAUGGAGCCACUCGUUGCUCAGCCUUGGAGCUCUUCGUGUACCUGAAUGACAUUGCGGGCAAGCACGGCGUUGGACGCAUUGACAUCGUGGAGAACCGCUUCGUCGGGAUGAAGUCCAGAGGUAUCUAUGAGACCCCAGCGGGAACGAUCCUAUACCAUGCGCAUUUAGAUAUCGAGGCCUUCACCAUGGACCGAGAAGUACGGAAAAUCAAGCAGGGGCUCGCCUCGAAAUUCUCCGAGCUGGUGUACAAUGGCUUCUGGCAUAGCCCUGAGUGCGAGUUCCUCCGGCAUUGCAUCAGGAGCUCCCAGGAGGCGGUGGAGGGCACCGUGCGCCUCUCAGUCUUCAAGGGCCACGUCUACAUCCUGGGCAGGGAGUCCCCGCGGUCACUCUACAACGAGGAGCUGGUGAGCAUGAACGUGCAAGGAGACUACGAGCCUGCUGAUGCCACCGGCUUCAUCAACAUCAACUCACUGAGGCUGAAGGAAUAUCAUCGUCUCCAGAGCAAGGUCACCGUAAAGCAGAAUGAAUAGCAAUCAAUCGCACCCAAGCCUCUCAGCUCCCCUUUCUGAUUUCUCUAAGAACUAGCACUAAUUGUGGUGGUAAUUUGUAAUUGUAACUCGUCUCCGCAGAGUCACGAAGGAGGUGAUGGCUUUGUUAUGGGGCAGCAAGUGAAAUGCAAUCAUUUAAAAAAAAAAAAAGGUGGUCGGCUGGAGGAGAAGUGGGGAAAGAAAUAAAACCCCAGCCACGCGCUGGGCU